AUGCGAUUUCUUUCAGAACAGUUGUUUUUCGAGAGUUUCCUUGGACCGAAUGACUCCACAUUUAAGAAAGCUAAGUGUCUGUUCUCUUCGCCAAGGCAAAGGACUUCAUUUGCCACUGAUAAAUUGGAACUCUGUGCUAAGGACGGCGCCGACGAUGCCGAUAAAUCGUCUCAUAAUAUGCCAUGUAAAUGGAAUGAUACUGGACACGGAUCAAGGAUCAUUCCUCAAGGCCUCAUUGUUGCUCCAACCAAGACAGAGUUCCAUAGUCAAACUUCAUCUACUACCCUUAGUGUCGGGUCUACUUUUUCGCGUCCAGAUUCCCCGGCUAUCGGAUCGGCCGACAGCCUCCCUUUGCAUCAUAAACUGGCUCUGGCCACGGCCCUGCUGCUGCGUCGUCGAUACCGACAACAGACAAUGUCAUCUAAGACUGCCGGCCGAACUAGCUUGCUAGCUCGUCAAUUAACUGUCUCAGGCGCCGCCACAAUCGGCCGUCUACACGAAGCCUAUAUUGUCGUAUGCCAAGAUCGCCAGCUUACCCCAUUGGACACGAGCGAAUUUAACUCUGUUUGUAGCCUGCUGGAAGCGCGUGGGCUAAUUCGAAUACAGUCUAAUGGUGGUGGUGGAAGCUCUUAUGGGAUUAGUAGCCCGGCUAGAAUGAAUUAUGUCUCACUGCGUCUCGACGACAAAGGCAUUGAACGUGCUCUAGAUGACAACCUUCUUCUUUCCGCUAUCCUUAAAAUAAACUUUUCAAAGGAUAUUUUUUGA